AUGGAUAAGCUAUUACGACCAGACAGAUUUGAUGCAGAUCCAAACUCUUCUAGAUCGUCUCAAGAAUGGACACAUUGGAAAGCUACUUUUGAAAACUUUAUUUCCUCUGUAGUUGGUGUUUCAGAGGAGGAUAAAUUUAAAUUACUAGUAAAUUACGUGAGCAACAAUAUUUAUGAACUUAUCUCUGAUUGUACAAAGUAUUCUGAAGCCAAAAGUAUUCUCGAAGCUCUUUUUGUUAAACCCAAAAAUGAAAUUUUUGCCAGACAUAUGCUAAUGACUAAAAGACAACAAACUGGUGAAAAUAUAGAUCAAUACGUUCAACAUCUUAAGGUGCUUUCCAAAGAGUGUAAUUUUCUAGCCGUUUCUGCAGACCAAAAUAAAGAAGAUUAUAUAAGAGACUCUUUUAUUAGUGGGAUUCUUUCUAAUGACAUAAGACAACGUUUACUAGAAAACAACAGUAUUACUCUGAAAGAUGCCAUACUGAAAGCCCAGUCUCUGGAGUCAGCUUCAAAACACUCUGAGGCUUAUAUAACUCCUGUACAAAUUAUUAAUGCGAUUUCAUCCGAAACCACAGAGCAAACUAAUUAUACUUCUGCCGCUGUGAAAAGUUGGAAAUGUUACUUUUGUGGAGCAACUGAAAGACAUCCUCGUAGCCUAUGCCCUGCUAGAGACAAAAUUUGCAAGAGGUGCUCGAAAGUUGGACAUUUUUUUAAGACCUUAGCUGCAUAA